UCGAGACUCUGUAGUAACCCAGUGUAGCGGUGUCAUCAGGAGAAGUAGGACGCACGCCGGACGCUCUCGGCACUUGUGUCCCAAGCGCGUCGGUCCUGGUGUAUUAGUGUCAACAAACUGCUAGUGUUCCGAGAAAAUAAGUCGCUUUGUGUCGCGUGUGACUCCAACUGUGAAUCCUCAGCCAGACCUGCUGGACCGCCGUGUGUCAGGCUCUCCAAGCGCAGCAAUGCACCUCGCUCUGUGGUGGUUGUGCGCAGCGUGUGUGUGCGCUGUGACUGCAACCACCACGCCUCCCCCUCAGCUUCCUGCGCCGAGCCCCGCCAACUUGACCCUCCGCAAGUGCCUCUGCGGUGCCGGGCAGGCGUGGGACGGCGCACAGUGCGUAGACGCGGAAGAGACCCCCGUGGCCGUGAUGGACCAGAACUUGAGGGAAUUCAUAUUAGACAGCCGUGACUUCGGCCAGGUGAUCACGGAGCAGAUCACGUGCCCAGACCUGCAGGAGCCGGUGGUGUUGCAGAUCGAGGAAAACGUCGUAAUCGGGAGCGACUGGACAUACUGGAAGGACCAACAGUUGGUGUUUCAUGAGUUCUGCAUUGAGCACACACCCAAACUGGAGGUCAGAGUAUGCCUUCGUCCGCCAACCAUCCCUCGCUGCUGCCUGCCGGGACACGUGCUCGAGAAGGAUGGCUCAUGCACGCCGCGCGAUGCGAUCGAGUUCAAGCCCCCCGUGAAACUGCGGUUAUCGAGACAGCCGGUGCAUUUCCCUGACACAAACGCCGCUGAUACUGUUGAGGAGGUGACUUGCCAGGGCCUCGCUGUGCCUCACCGCGUAGACCUCUCUGGCAGCAGCGACACCCUGCUGUACAGUGUCAGCAUUGCACCGCUGGAGUGGCUCCCGCCCUCGGAGUACGCCAGGACGUCGGAGGUGGCCAUGUCAUACUGCGUCGGCGUAGAGGCCGGGAGCUCCAUUAGCGACACGAAGUACGUGGCUGUUGUGUGCUACACGGACCCGGCGAAGGCCCACCGCUUCAUCUGUGCCAACGGAACCUGCGUCAGGAAAUGCUGUGCUGCCGACAAGAUCUUGACUCCUUCUGGUUGUCGCAAAGCAGCGCCUCCCGAGGAAAUAUGGGAACCAAGUUUACACUUCAAUAAAAGCAGGACUCCGAAGGAAGACAUCAACGACGACCUGAUCGUGGUGAGCGGUCUGCCGUUAUGCAAGGAGUUCUUCACCCUCAAGCUGGAGGACGAAAACGACACGCACUUCCUGCUGGGGAACGGCAGCCUCCACGUGCCCGCGCUUAGGACAUUCCACGCCGACAAGUAUUGCCUUGAUUUGAAUCAGACCAACACUGGGAAGGAGCUGAUCGCCUUUCUGUGUUUGCUGUCUCAGAAAAAAGAGUGCAAGUGGAAGGUCGUCCUCAUCCUGGUGCUUCAGUGCAUCUCCUGCGUGUUCCUCUUCGCCACCCUGGUCGUGUACGUCAGCGUCGCGGAGCUAAGGGACAGAACCAACGGCCGCUGCCUCAUCUCCAUGGUGGCCGCCAUGCUCGCUGCUUACGUCAGCUUCGUGGUCAAUCAGAAGUCACGUGACGUUUCUGACGGCGAGUGCCUCACCAUGGGAUUCAUGGUCCAUGUCUGCUCCCUGGCCACUUUCUUCUGGCUUAAUGUCAUGUGUUUUGACAUGUGGUCAACGUUGAGGUCAUCGCGGCAGAAGCACCAGAGUGUGAAGGUCUUCGUCUUCUACAGCAUCUACGCCUGGGGCUGCCCUCUCCUCGUCGGCUUCGUGGCCCUCACUCUGGAACUCGUGCAACCUCCUGACGUCAUCAGGCCAAAUUUUAAGGAUUACUGUUUCUUUUAUGGUGAUGCUGAGCUCUGGAUCUACUUCUCCGGCUUUGUACUCGUCCUUUUGGUUAUCAACCUGUUUUUCUUCAUCCACGUGGCGAUAACUCUGGCCAGGAAGCUGAGGCAACGAAAAAGUCUCUUUGACAACAACGAAAGUCGGGCCAGCAAUGCGAACAAGAAGAACAAAGAACAAUUUUGGUUGUUCGUGCGCCUCUUCAUCGUGAUGGGCGUGAUGUGGGUGGCCGAGAUGCUAUCAUUACAACACAGAAGAUCUUGUAGUUACUGGGUUCCUACGGAUAUAAUAAACGGUCUUCAGGGUGUGUUCAUCUUCGGCGUGGCCGUUUGCAAUAAGGACAAUAUUAAAAAGAUCAAGCAUUCCUGGAAAACUCGCUACACAACAGUCCGGAGCAAAGUGGGCACCUUCAGGAGCGCUCGACCGUCCGAGAAGACCACCCAGGCGAAGCGCUUUACGGACCUCAGUGUAGCAGCUUCCGAAGCCUCCAGGAAAACCUCGGUGACUUCUCUCCCACGCAAGCUUUCCACGGCUUCUAAUGCUGUCCUCCCAGCUUCAAAUGCCAAUAGUAAGGGAAAUAGACCGACUGAUCAAAGCUUGUCUUCAGAGGCAGCCUCCGCACCUCGGAAAAUAUCGAAUGUUUCGAACCUUGAAAUGAUACCUAUGAGCUCCAUGGAAGAAUAGAGUGUCCUGUCUACUUCAGUCUUCCUUUUGUACAUGUUUCUUUCUGAUUAUUAUCUUUAAGUAUAGGAGCAUUGUGAAGAGUCAGACCAAUUCUUUUCUCAAAUAAAAAGUCUCAGUGCAGACGUAAAUGAAGGUAAUGUCAGUAUUUAUUUAAUGGACAGUGUUGCCUUUUUAGCAUAACAGAUAUUCUUGUUAAAGGGUGGUGGUAUAUGUAUAUUGUAUAAUGAAAUAAUAGUCACAUGAUAUUACUGUGAGAUCUGAGUGGAUCUACGGAGAGAGACGAAGUGAUUUACAUUGCCUCGAGAAAUAAUGACUUGGAAACUGUUUGAAAUAUUUGUUGCACUGAAAGAAACACCAGAACUUCAUAUAAUCAGGAUAACAGGUGUUUAAGUGAUGAAUACCAUCCACGAGUAACCUAUUUUUACAAAUUGUACCCGGUAAGUGAAGACUAUUUCCGUUGCGUUUUUCUAUCCAUUGUAUUUUUAUUAUCAUGCAGAAAUAUCUUUUAUAUUUCAUUUACUCUGACUUACAUCUAGUAACAUUGUUAUUGUGGAGGUGUAUUCAAUAUUUUUAAAAUCCUGCCGUACAAGAAAUUACUUGUAUCUCAUGUGUAACUGUGGGAUUAUACUCUGUAUUUUGUACGGUUUUUAAUGAAUUUGAUCUUUACAUUUGUAUAUUUUGAACUUCUCUCACAGGAUAUUUUAAUUUUUACAUUGUGCUUUGAUUAUUCAUCCUUUUUGUGUAUAUAUAUAUUUUUUUUAAGUUUAGUUGUAUGUUAUAAAAAAUGCUGAAUGAGAAAUUAGGAGAGGAAAUAAAUAUAUCCAAAAAAUACAUAAACAUGACAGUCGAAUAGGGAAAUAGGAAAAAGUUUAUGAGUGCAUGAAGAGACAGUGAUAUAUCUGAUGCCUGUUUUGUAUCGAAGAACAAAAGAAUUUCAGCAGAUAUUACAAAUAGUCUGUUAAUUUAAUCAAUGGAUAAAGAUCUUUCUACAGCAAAAAGCUACUUUGCUAUGUCAUGAUAUUUUACCUUUUUUUUCUUUUGUAAUCUUGCUUAAAUGGGAAUAAUAUCUUUGAGACUUUGGUGCAAAAUACAAAAUGUUAAACAAAGCUCACCGGUCUCAGAUUUAAGCAAGCGUCAAUUCAAUUUCCUUUUUACUUUUUUUUUUUUCUCCAUGGAUUUUUGUAUUUGUGAAACAAGUACAACUUUCGUUUUUAGUGGAAAGAUACAAUAUAAAAGAAAAAUGUAUUUAGUCAGAAUGUCACCUUCGUAAACAGAUGUAGGGAUAAAUGCUUAAUAAUGUUGACUGCAGUUUCCUCUUAAGCUAUUAUAUCCCUGUGACUGAUGCCUGUCCCCUUGGCCUGUAUGUACCCCUCCUCCUGGCGUUCGCAUUUAACGUGUGGAUCAUAUUGCAAACUACUGUUGUAUUUAUCAUUAAUUAAUGAUUUCCGUUGCCCGUAAAUUAUUACCUGUCUGUCCUUUAUAAACUACAGUUGUCUGAGAAUGAUAAAUGUUUUGUAAGUGAAUCAUCACUGAGACAGAGGUUGAAGUAUUUCUAUUUUUUUCCUGUAUUGCUAUUAAUGUUCUUUUUUUAUUGUUAAUGUUAUUGACUUAGAUGUAUAUUUCCGCGAAGGGGAAUUAAGCCAAAGAAAAUACAAUUACUUGUGCCAGAUUGAGUUUUAGAAAAUCACAGAAUAUGAGGAAUUAUGCAUUUGAAAAUUCUUACCUUUUUGGUAAUGAAUUAUUAUAGUAUUCUGUGCAAAUAAAUGUGUAUUUUUGUAAAAGUUA